AUGGCAACUCUGCACUACCUUCCACCCGUCAAGCCCUCGGCAAUUGCCCUGGGCAUCGUCUUCAACCAGGCCGCCUCCGCCGCCGUGCUAGCCCCUCUAUUCGGUGACACCUACCACCGUGCCAAGGCCGCCGACAGCAAGGAAGAAUUCUUCAAGUCGAAGGAGACUGCCACCGCCGCAGCCAGCUGGGGUUCGUCCAUUGUUGGAUCUGCCGUGCAGACUUAUGGUGUUGCUGCCCUCAUCAAUGCCACUGGCACUCUGUCAUACAAAGGAGCUGCAUAUCUCGGUGGUCUGAUCUUCAUGGCUUCCUACAGUCCAUCGCUCGUCUCUCAAGUCGUCGUUGAAAACCGGCCUCUGGACACCGUCGCAGUCGGCGUUUUGACCCGCCUGUUCGAGACUGUUGGCCUGAGUGUGUUCCUCACGUACUGGGGAACCCGGACCAACCCCUUUGAGUAA